CUCCAGAAGAGACCUUCUUGUUAGUGAAAAGUCACAGUUAGUCAGGAAAUCUGAGGAUGGAGAAAGGAUACCCACCACAGGUCUCAGCUCCACCAUACCCUGGACCACCCAUGAACUACGGGGGUAUGGUACAUCCGCAAGAAAUGUACCCUCAGCCGGGAUUCUCACCGUGUGCACCUCCACCUGUUGUUUAUCAAGGAGUCACUCAUGUGAUCGUGACACCUGCACUGCAGGACGCCCCAGGACAAAUGCUGUGUCCUAAUUGCCACCAGACUGUGGUCACCACCACGGAGCACCAAGCAGGCCUCCUGACGUGGGCCGUCUGUGGCGUCCUCACCAUCUUUGGAUGUUUUCUAUGCUGCUGCAUCCCGUUCUGCAUUGAUUCCUGCAAAGAUGUGGAGCAUCGCUGUCCAUCCUGCCACAGAGUCAUCUACUUAUACAAGCGAAUGUGAAACUAUCCUGACUGUGAAUAAGAGAAGGAGUCAGAA